UGAAAAUUUUCAUACACUUCGACUCGGAAGCUUAUCCCGGACAGCAGAUACUACAAUUACGAAUUAUGUACGCGUUGUCCGCUCGACGGGAUUAUUUAACGUUGAAAAUGGACUGCGCCGUUAGUCCAGUGUAUAAUAUGCUUUAAGAAUUAUUUUUUUAAAUUAACCACAAAAAAUACCGUUAAAAACUCUAGUGCAAGUGCAAGUGUUGCGAAAUCAUUACAAAAGUUGAAGUGCGUGAAAAUUGGUGUUUCUGAAAAGCAGAAAAUCAAAUUCCAAUCGAUGUGGCUCAACUAGCCGUUCUCUAACGUUUCGGUGUUGGUGUCGGUGGCAUAGUUGUUGGUGUUGCAAAAUUGACGCUGAUGCGUUGGCAAUUUCCGUGAAUUCGUCGUCAUCGUCAAAUCGUUGCGAAAAUAAAUCAGUAUAUCCACGCAAGAUAUAACGGCAUUUAGUGUUACGAGGCGUGUUGCUGGCGUGGAAAUCCACGAAAUUGUCAAGUAAAGUCGGAAAAGUCAAAAAAUGGGCAAUCAACAGGGAAAAUUACAAAAUCAAAAUCAAAGCGGAAGACCAAAAAAAGUCGUAACUUGGAAAUCAGCAGAACGACCCUCUCCACCUGGACGUCCCGUGCUAAUACCACUUUCCGAACAGCAACCGGAUGUCGUCAACUUGCGCUGGGAGCGUCCGAAACUGGAUGGCGGUUCUCCUAUUACAGGCUACGUUGUCGAACAUCGUCGUAUGGGUUCACCACAUUGGGUACGCGCCACACCUGUAGCAGUGCCACAGUGCGAGGUAUCCAUUAGCGGUUUGGAGCCUGGUUGGCGUUACCAAUUUCGCGUAUUUGCCGAGAACAUUGUGGGUCGCUCAGAUCCCAGUGAUUUGUCAGAUGCACUUACUGUCACACUUCAGCGCACCGCCAUCUGUGUACCGAGUUUUAUUGAGGAACUGCAGGAUCGCCAGGCCGUCGAAGACGAACGCAUUGAAUUUCGUGUGCGUGUAGUUGGACAACCAGCACCCGAAAUCAAUUGGUUCAAAGACGGUUACGAGAUAUUUAGUAGUCGACGAACGAAAAUUUUAAACGACAACGACGUCAGUGUCUUGAUUAUUCACCAGGUGGCGCUCACCGAUGAGGGUGAAAUCAAGUGCACGGCGACAAAUCGAGCAGGCCACGUGGCCACUAAGUCCCAACUAAUGGUGCAAGCACCACCGAAAAUACGCCUACCACGCACCUAUGAAGAUGGUUUAAUCGUUGAGUCGGGUGAGGUAUUGCGUUUGAAGGUUGGUGUGGCUGGGCAACCACCACCGGCUGUUACAUGGCUGCAUGAAGGCGAGGUAGUACCUAAUAGUGGACGCUUUGAAAUUUCAAACACCGACCGUAAUUCAUUGCUUAAAAUCGACAGUAUACAGCGCGAUGAUCGUGGUGAGUACAGUGUGCGCGCAUGGAAUCGGCUGGGUGAAGACGUGACCUCAUUUCUGGUCACAGUUACCGCCCGCCCGAAUCCGCCGGGCAAAGUACAACUCAACAUGUCGUUUGGCAAGUCGGCGACACUGUCGUGGACAUCGCCACUCGACGAUGGUGGGUGUAAAAUCGGCUAUUAUAUUGUCGAAUAUUUUCGUGUUGGUUGGAACGUUUGGCUUAAAGCGGCCACCACCAGGUCCCUCAGCACCACAUUACAUGACUUAAUCGAAGGUUCGGAGUAUAAAUUUCGCGUGAAAGCGGAAAAUCCGUAUGGCGUUAGCGAUCCCAGUGAGGAAUCCGAAGUACUUUUCAUACCUGACCCGAAACGUGGCAUUACGAAACCAAAGUCUGACUCUAAAUUAACGGAAGAGAAAAACAAGCCAGCACCGCCACGUCGAAAAGCAUUAUCUCCGCCGCGUCCACAUGCAGAUGCGGCGACGGAAAUAUCACCUGGUGCUUUACGUAAACCAAAACCGCAAUUGAUCGAUACAGAAGACCUACAUCGAGAAAUGUCCUAUGGUGCUGCCGAUAAAGCGCUAAAGCUGGACAUACGUCGUAGUCCGUCGAACCCUAGCACACAACAAAAAUCUGCGCCAAGCUCACCAAGCCCUAAAGCUUUGACAAUGAGCACAAAACCGUCACUAACGCCGUCUCCAACAUCGCCAACUGGAAAAUCACCACAACGCUCUCCGCUGACUGAGAAGAAAUCUAUGCCACAAUUCUUGCAACAAUUACUACCGUCUAAGGAUAAGUCACCAUCACCAUCGACUCAAAAGAUGAGGCCAACAUUAGCAACCCCAGAACCAGAACUUACGCCCGAAAAAUCUUCCACCCCGGAAAUAUCUCGUUCCUCAUUAAAUCGCAGGCAUAGCCUAAGUCCACUACGCAAGAGUCCCACUCCACCAGAAGUGAUUAACAAGACACCGGCUUUGCAGCGUAGUGCCGAACCCGUACAAUUGGGCGUGAAUCAGCAAGUACGACGGCUUUCAGGUCACAGUCUCAGUCCGGCGAAAAAUGCACCAACCUUAGCUGUAGCCAUAGCGACAGGAGCGCUUGGCACAGUGAGCAUGCAAGCCCAGAAGUCACCCGAAGUAAAAAAGAGAGAGCGUAAGCAGGUAACCGAGCGAAAGGAACAGACGGAAAUAAGUGAAAAUAGAAAGCGCAUAGACCAAAAAUAUCAGGACGUUCAAAAGGAUCAACACGAGGAUUUCAUAAAAGCAGAGAGAAGUGAACGUAGUGAGCGUUUCGAUUCGCGAAAGGCACAACUAGAAGCGCUUGAAAGCGAACAACAAUUGAAACGGAAGGAACAAAAAGAGAGGCUUGAACAAACACAGAGAGACAAGCAUGCCGAGUGGAUUGAAUGGGUCGAAAAGGCGAACGGCAACAAUGCGGCACUGCAGCAUAAAAGUCAAAAUAAUAACAACAACAAUCAUAAAAAGCAAAACGUUUCAACACUCACGAACCCAACCAUACAGAUAAGCGCACCGCCACCAACAAAAGAGCCCAUCUCACCAUCACCGCCCAACAGUCCGCUUUCUCUAGCGGAGAAACAUGAUGAUGUACAUACCAGCAAUGAAUUUAUGUUAGUCGUCUUCGAUAAACAUAGUAAAGUUAAGGAUAAAAAUAAGCAAGACUCCUUUGAAUUGGAUCUAGAAGAUGCACUACAACCACCACCGAUUUCAAUCUCUUCACCCGAUCUCGCAUCACUCGAAUUUACGAAUCUGCACACCUUCCCGCUUCGGCGUUCGGUUAGCUCAACGGAGCUUUUGUACGAACGAGCUAUGGCACGCUUCUACGAAGCCGUCGAGUUGGAGGAAGCUGAAAAGGCGCGCAAGUUGAAAAGUAAACAGGAUAGAGAAAAGCAGCGAGAUACUGAGAAGGGCUGGGAAAAGGAUAUGGAGAUACCAAUUGCUGGCGGAGGCUUGCAACCACCAUUCGUGCGCAAGCGUCUUGGCUCUAUGACUGAGGCAGAGCGGCUUUCUUUCGAACGUCGCAGUGAGUUACGUCGCCAAUCCGAGAGUUUUGUACAAGAUCUUAAGACAGCCGUUGCACGAUGGGGUUCACGUGAAAAUUUAACUGGCACAAAACAGCUUUCACGCACGACGGGCAUGUUACUAAACAAAGACGAAAGUCGUGACGAGGAUGAGCGAGAAGAAGAAGAAGAUUACGAUGCUGAGGACUAUGACGAUUUGUUAGAAGGCGACACUGCUAGCGGCUAUCAAGCUAGAGCCGAGCCGACAAAACAAGCAAGUUUCGAAAUUGAAUCUGAUUACACUGAGAGCACUGCAAGCUCAGAAGACGAUUCAAUUGAAAAAUUCAAAAUGGAAUUGAGGGCACGCACGAAAACACCUAGUCCACCGCGUGCUAGUCCACCUAGGGACCAUAUGGAAACUUAUCAUCCUCGUAAUAUGUCGGCCGGCGUGUUUACGCCAUAUCGUGCGGCUUUACCGGAUAAUGCGGCAGUCGUGCUUACGCGACCAGCGCCGCUCACUGAUCCGGACUUUAUUCCGAAGCCGAUUUUGAAGCGACCGUCCAAUGAGAACGUGCAGCCGUUAGCCGAGGCGGAACCACCUAACAAUAACAAUAAUAGUAACAAUAAUAAUGUAAGGAAGCAUAGUUUGGAGAACAUAGAAACGAUUAGCGACAACAAUAAAAAUCAAGCCGCCAGGAAGAAUAGUUUGGAGAGCAUAGAACGCAUUAGCGACAACAAUAAAAAUCAAACCGCCAACAACACUGCCAACCAGGAGAAGUCUGGUUUUGCCGAAAGUUUCAUGUCAUUCUUCAAGCGUGAUACGCGUACGAACACCGAGAAAGGUAACGAGGAAAAUGCCAGUACCAGCGGUCUUACAGGUAAACCGAUACCUUUAAGUCCCACUGUUGUCGCCGCAGAAUUGGAAGCCCAGCGCAAGGCUAAAGAAGAGGAGAAUGCGAAGCGACAGGAGACCGAACGUGUCAUGCGUGAAGAAGCUUACGCCGUUGUAGAUCACUACAGCGAUAUUGUAAGUCAGGUUAGUACCACACGCAAGUAUCACACACCAAUCUAUCUCGACAAGAAUGAACUGAAGAAGGCGGGCGAUAAUAGAGAUUAUGACGAAGAAAUGCGCAUGCGUCGCUCCCAAUCACCAGAUGUUGGUCUUAUACCACCAAUUAGUAAUAAACCGCGUCUCUCAAUAUCCGAGCGCGGCCAAUUGGUACACGUACGUGAAACCGGCAGUGGCAUGGCAUACACCGAACAACCUAAGGAAACAGUGCCAGACACACCAACGCCGAGUGAGAGUAGCUCACAAGCGUUCACCAUGCCAGCAGUGAAAGAAAGCAAACCACUAGCGGUGAAAGAAAGCAAACCACCAACCACUAGCAACAAAAUAAACCCCCAACCUAUAGCACCUACAACCUCAACAAUAAUGUCAGAACUGCUGGCGAACGAUGAUAGCACCACCGCAGAGGUAAUCAGCGAAACAACCUACGAGCGUCCAGAUUCACGCGGACGCACACGCAUCGUCAAGGUGAAGCGUAUCAUUAAGAAGCGCGUGCCAUCGCGUUCUAGAGACGCUUCACUUAACCGACCACCAUCCAGCGCUGCAUCGCAACAAGACAUAGAUUUUGAUAUUCCCGUCGAAGCGCAAGCGCCGGUCAGGAGACGUGUGCUCUCACGUACGCGCACCUCUACCGGCCAAUCAAAGUCUCCGGGACCCUAUGGCAGACGUCCAUUACCAACAACGGCCACCAGUACUGGUAUACUGCCGCCACCACCCGAAGUGCUACUCUCCAUGGUCGCUAAGGAGAAGUCGGAGUUGGAAACGAAGAGCGUCGAGCAGCUGGAGGAGGAGGCGCAUGAAAAAGUCCGUUCAGCGCUCAGUUAUUCCACCGAUUUGGUUCUCUUUAUGGUGGCAUGCUAUGUUUAUCUCUUCAAAGAUGCUUGGCUAGUUUUGCCCAUAUUAUCUUUGAUGAUCUACAGACAAUUAGGAGAUUUCAUUAACGAUUGCAUACCAAAAUGGAUGAAACGAAAAAAGAAUUGAUAAAGAGCAAGUAUAGAAGCAUUGAAAAUCGUGUGGCUCAACAAAGACAAAACAUCACUGGACAUACUACAGAGAAUAUGAGAAAUUUCAUAACAGAACACAUAACGAAUGCAUGGCAAUUGUUGUUGGAGAGCAGAAACGCUUUCACGCGAAGAGCAGCAGAAAGCAGACGAAGUGUUUGCCCGGUCCUUAGCGAUUUUUUUCGAAUUGUUGGGGGUAAGAAAAAGUGAAUUAAGAAAAUUAUUUAAUAUAAUUAUUAAAAAUAUAACGGAAAAUAGAAAGCGAAGAAUAUUAUAAUUUUAAAUAAUAAUAAUUAUUAAAAAAUAAAAUACGAUUAUUUAAAAAUUAAAAAAAAAAUCAAAAUUAAAUAUAACUUGAAUAAAAAUUAAUAAUAUAUUUUACAUUGCUUAACGUUUUUAAAAUUUCAAAAAUUAUUAUUUUUUAAUUAAAAAAAAAAAAUAUUUUUUUUUAAUUUUGUAUUUUUUUUUAAUUUUGUAUUUUUUUUAAUUUUUCAAACACUUUACACAACAUGUCUCCUGAACUCGAGAAAUUAUCGCCAAGGACCGGGCCAGUCUUCCUAAUUUCUGCUAAAAAAUAACAACUUUACAACAAAAAGUGCUAAAGUUCGCAAUAAACACAUUGCUCUACACAUACUUGCAUAUACACCUACACACGCACACAUGCAUACUACAUUUACGAACACUCAAAAAAACUAUAUACUUUAAUAUCUAAGUUUAUACUAUAAUAUUAAUAAUGUAUCUGUAUGUACAGAAGAUAAGCAAAGAAGAACGGUAUCGACUUUUAAUAGAUUGGGGUAUAAAAGUGCAUGACGAAAUAAAUCAACUAAAUAAUUGAAAGUAAAAAUCUUAUGUACAUUACCUAGUGCAUACAUUUAAUUAUAUAUAAUAUUCAUAAAAAUGAUCAUUAAUGUUACUUUUCUUUGUUAAAUGCAUUGUAGUAUCACAAAAGAGAAUUACUCAAUAAAAUUUAUAAGAGGAACAUAAGAAACAAAUAUCUUCAA